GGACAUUGAUGAGUUUUAUAAAUUCCCACUUGUCCUGAACGAAGCAGUGCACAGUCGGCGCGCUGGAUAAGCGAUACAGGACCGGUCCGCCUGCUUUCUCAUGGAGGCUAACACUUAGCCCAGACUGGACCAGAGUACUGCUACCUAAGAAGAUGAACACAACUCUGUGGGCAGGUCCAGCUCAUCCUAAUGCUGUAAAGGAAAUCGUGGGUUACUGCUAAGCCAGCUUAUUCCCAGAUCAUUUACCAACUAAGUGGCAGCUGCAGGUCCACAAACAGUCGUCACCACCUGACUAAGAGAUACUCUGGAGAUGACUGACAGCUGCGAACUAUCAACUUCAGACAAUGACUCUUUAAGCUUGCUGCAUGAUCUCAACCCCCGUCAAAACAAUGGGGCAGUUGAAGAUACGAGGAUGACUGAUUUCGGUUCACAAGAAGCAUACAAAGAGAUGGAGAAGGAAACGGAGAUUAAGACGAAUCGGCUCAACUCAUCUGAGCUAGAGAUGUCUACCAAGUCUAUAGUAGGCUCUAAAGAUUCUUCAUCAAAACUGCAUAAUUAUAAGUUAAAAGCCAAUGUCCCAAACAAACCACAACUUCACAAGAGAAAUCCAAAGGGAGAGACUCUUCUGCACAAAGCAUGCAUGAAAAAAGAUCUGGCACAAGUUAAAAUGCUGAUUCGAGCUGGGAUCAACGUCAACAUGGAGGAUUAUGCAGGCUGGACAGCGCUCCAUGAGGCUUCGGCUGUGGGUGAUGAGACAGUGGUAGAAGAGCUAUUGAAUGCUGGGGCUAAUGUUAAUGCUAGAAGCUGUGAUGGUGUGACACCCCUACAUGAUGCUGUUUCUUCUGGACACUAUCAGGUGGUGAAGCUUCUCCUGCAGUACGGGUCAAAUGCCAGUGACAGAAACAAUGGUGGCCUCAGUGCACUAGACAUGGCAGGGGAGGAGAAUAUCAAAGAGCUCCUCAUAAAUUUCCAGCCUCUCACAGAAUUGUCAUUCCCUCAAAACAGACAACCAGGUGCCAAAUACUCAGAGCCUCACUGCCAGAGCAGUUUCAGUCCCAGCUACAGUGAGACAUCAACCUUAAACUCCAGAGGACAAGGGAGAGACACAAGGAGAGAUAUUCUGCUCAGAGAGAAACCCUCUACCACCAAUAACGUGAGUAAUUUGAUGGUCGUAACAGUGGUUAUGGAGGAGAUCUCAGGGAAACAAUCCGACUUAUCUGCUUGGCCUCUGACCUGCCUGAAGGAUGCAGGCAGGUAUCACGUAGCUCUCGCACAGAUCCUCAACAAACUGACUGAGGUGCUCUCCAGACAGCUUUUGGAAAAAGAUAAUCUUGUCGAAAAAUACCGGAGCAUGUCUGACUCCCUUCAUCAAUGUUUGUUGAAAAGUCAACUCUUCUUCCUCACUUCAUAUCAAAGGAACUUGAUGAAAAUCCUCCAGAAGCAAAUGCACUUGGUAGAAGUUUAUGUAACCGAGAGGGCCAAGCUUUCAACUAAGCCUCAAGGCAGCACUGUAGUGAGACAGCAGUCAGAUGAUGUCUCCACCCCAGCUACCACAUCACAAUAUUAUGAACCUAGAGAGAUGCACAUCUUUAAGGCAGAUACUCAGCAGAAAGAAAGGCGUGGAUCACGUACAUUGGUCAGUCUAUUAAGAUUCGCCCCUGUCAACAACACCAAGGGCCUUACAGUGCCUAGACGUAAGAAGACUCCCAAACAUGGUGAUGUGCAGAAUAAGAAAGCCAGUAAAUUUCAAACAACCUCACAACCAGGACAUAUCAACUUCAAGGUGAAUGGAAAGAAUGGACUGAAACAGACAACUGCUGAAGGCAACAUCAGAUAUCUCUCUAGGCCCAUACGGAGAGGAGUUGUGCCAUCUAGAAGUUUACAACCGUUGUUGAAGACAUGUCUUAAUGACAGCAUUCAACCCUGCAGGACUAAGUCUCCUCAGGAGAUGUUCAGGACAGAAACUACCAAUCUAAACCAGCAAAUGAAAGUCCAAAAAAUCUACUUGGUAAAUGAUAAGGAACUUCUUCCCAAUGCUAUAAUGGAUUGCUACUGGGAGAAACUUUUGAAGGAAGACAUUUUAGAGUCCUGGUCAUGGGAUUCAUUUGAAUCCUCUCUCCCCACAUUUGGUCCAUAGCUGCAUUAUCUGAGAAUUCACUUCAUUGUGGAUUGUGGUAAAUGAGACUAAAAUGUAACCUCCGUCGAGUCUUAAUGUCUUACUUAAAAAGUAUUUGAUAGUAUUUAUUAAUUUUUGUUCUUUUCUAAUGUCAUAAAAGUUUAUCCAACUGUAAUUGAACGUUCUGUUAAGAAAGGCACAGACUGGACUGUAUUUAGUGAUGUGAAAAUUGUAGUUUGACUGUAAAUAGAUGCAUUAUAUCUCUAAAACGUUUGUGCAUUGUAAAUUACCAUUUGCAACUAGAAUUAAAGCACAACAAUAAAGACUAAAAUAAUAUAUAGAGUAAAGAAAGUAAACAUUCUGAAGGUGUGUGUUUAAGAGGUUCAGCUGCCAUGUCGUAAGUGUUUAGACCAAAGGAAAGUAUGGAGUUACUACACACAGAGCCUGCACACAGGCAUUACAAGUAUUAGAAGUUUUGAGGAGGGUUAACUAUUACUUGGACUGCCGUAAAGCCUCACUGCAAGAAUAAUUAAAUAUCCCCAGCAAUCAACAACAGAUGAAAGCCAAAUAAAUGUAAGCAUGUAUGAUUAGGAGUUUGUGUGAUUGCCCCUGUAGGAAGGUUUUGAAAACAUUGAAAACCAAUGGGAUGAUUUAAGAAGAGAAAAGCAGUUCAAUAUAGGUCUAUUCAACAUGGCCGGUUUACACAUUUCUGAUCCACCUGUCACAGUCCCUUGGGGUACGGGGCACAUUCCCAGGUCAGAAAGUGUUGAAUCCAGGUGUUCAACACCUGUCUUCAAUAAUAUCUGUCUUCAGACACAUCUCUGAUUAGCCUCUGUGUAAAAAUAAUAUAAGAAUCAUACGUUAACUUAUUUUAUCCAUUUAAUUAAUUACUGUAGAAAUCCAAAAACUGUCAAAUCAGACCACACUGUUAUUGCUCAAGGAUGCUUUAACCUUAUGUAAUGCUGCCAUUUUACCCUGGAGGAAUCUAUCUUUAAUAAUACGCU